UUUCUAUUGAAGCAUUGAUAUUAUAAUAAAAAUUCAGAUUGGCUAUUCAAUGUCCAAUGGAUUAAUUCUUUUUCUUUAUGUUUGUUUUAAUGAAAGAAUGAAUGAAAGAAAUGCAAAAAUUUUAAAUCAGAGUAAUCCGGAGUUAUUCUUCUGAUACAUAUAUAUUACAAAAAGUGUAUAACACAUAGACAGAAGAAUUGAACACACACUCACACACAUAUAUUAACAACAAUAUUGAUUUGAAUUAUUUUACUUGAUUUAAUUUUGUUUAAAUCAACUGGCAAUUUUGUAGGCUUUUUUUAAAAAAUCUCAUUUUUCUGUUGAAUACAUUCUUUCCCAAAAUAAUUAAUCCUCUUGCAGAGAGAGAGAGAGAGAGGGAGAAUCAUUACUAGGAGGAACGAUGUAUUAUCAAUCAAAGUGAAACAGUUAUUAUCAACUAAUGAGAUAUUAAAGUUUGGAUGUGUCUUUACGUGUGUAUGUGUGUGUGCACGUGCGUGAGUGUGUGCGUGUGUUUAUGAGUGAUGUGGCGUACACGAGUAAAUGGUUGAUUCUCAGAGUACAUGUAUAAAUAUAUAAAUGCAUAUUUUUCUGCAUGGAGUCUUUUAAUUUCACGUGUAUUUAUGAAUAUUGUGUGUGUGUGUGUCUGGGUGGGUUUGCGUGUUUGUGUGUGUGUGUGUGCAUGUGUGUAGCAGAGACCAUCAGAUGACAAACUCAACUUCAUCUUCGUCAUCAACAUUAUCGACGUCAACGUGCUCCUCAUUGAGGAAUAUAUAUACAUAUAGAUCAUUAUAAUUUCAUAAUAUUUCUGCAUUAAAACGCAAGAAAAAAUAUAUAUCACUCAGAAGAAACAUGUCUUCACUACAGUGUAUUUCAAUUAUUGUAUACUUCUUCUUCGUCUUCUAUUUCUUUUUCGUCGUGGAACAACAUUCAGUUCACGCAAAAAGCAACCAAAACACCUCGCACACUGAUGAUAUUGCUAUUGCUAAAUGGAAGUUUCAUGAAUUUUCAAUGCAUAUCACUGUAAUGCUAUUUCUCUUCAUAUUAAUUCUAAUCAAAAUCGCCUAUCAUCAUAUCCCUUAUAUAUCCGAGUAUGUUCCAGAAUCACUACUAUUGAUUAUUAUCGGUAUCACAUUUGGUGGAAUUGUUAUUUAUGAAAUUGAAGAAAAAUCUGCCUCAUUAGAUCCUUCAGUGUGGAAAUUUACACCAGAAUUAUUCUCCUAUUAUCUACUACCACCGAUUAUCUUAGAGUCAGCGUAUAAUCUAUACAACAGAACAUUCUCUGAAUAUCUGGGCGUUGUAUUAUUGUUUUCUGUAUUGGGUACAGUGUUUAAUUUUUUAAUUAUCGGUUUCUCUAUGUAUAUAUUAUUCGUUGCUGGUCUAUUAGGCUAUCCAAUAUUACAUUUCGAUGUGAAAGGCUUCCUACUGUUCAGUUCAUUGAUUGUUGCUGUAGAUCCUGUUGCUGUGUUAGCCAUCUUUCAAGAUAUUGGUGUUGAAUUAAGCCUGUAUUAUAUUGUCUUUGGUGAAUCAUUAUUCAAUGAUGCAAUCACUAUUGUCUUAUAUGAUAUUAUGGUAGCUUUCACCGGGAAAGAAGAAAUUACAGGUCAUCAAGUUUUCAUUGGUAUUUUAUCCUUUUUCACUGUAAGUUUUGGCGGUUUACUUAUCGGUGUUCUAUUCGGUGUGUUAACAUGUUUAGUAACACGAAUACGUAGUCAUUUAACUGUAUUCACAAUGCUUUUACUUGCUUAUUUCUCUUACAUAAUGGCUGAUUGUGUUGGUUGGUCUGGGAUAAUAUCAAUGAUUGGUUGUGGUUUAGUACAAGCUGCUUAUGCCUUUCAUAAUAUCGGUGAAAAACAUGUGAAAAGUGUUCAUUUAUUUACAAAAAUGUUAUCAGAAGUCAGUGAAGCUGUUAUCUUUUUAUUCUUAGGCAUACAAGUUGUUUCAUAUAAACUUGAAUGGCAUUCAGGUUUUAUUCUAUGGGGAUUAAUUCUAUGCCUAUUGUCAAGAUCAAUAGUGAUAUUCAGUAUUACAGCUAUUGUGAAUUAUGUAAAUAUUGAUGAGACAAAAAUUACCCUGGCGCAACAAAUUGUUCUCAUCUAUGGAGGUCUACGUGGUGCUGUCGCUUUCGCUCUGGCUGUACUCAUCUCAGAGAAAAAAUUCCCAAUCAAUGGAGAAUAUCAUAAGAAUGUGAUUGUCACUGCCACAUUGUUUAUCAUUCUGUUUACUGUUGGAUUUAUGGGAAUGACAACAAAACCAUUGGUGAGAUUAUUAAAAAUUCGUAAACGUGACAAACAAACAUUAAGUUUAUUCACUAUAUUGAAUAAAAGUAUUAUCGAUCAAACAUUGACUGGGAUUGAAACGCUGACUGGAUCUAGAGGUCGUAAUGCUGUACGUGGGUUUUUUAUGCGUAUUGAUGAAAAGUAUAUUCGACGAAUACUGCAACGGAAUCCUGAACGUUAUGAUGAGAAAAUACUGAAAGUUUAUGAGCAUAUUGCUCUGAAAUUAUUGUACGCCUCAAUGCAUCCUAGAGAUACUGAAAAUAUUUUAAAAAAGAUCCCUGAGGGUUUGAAAUUGAAUCAUUAUGCAUAUGAUCAACAAGACCAACUGCAACUGCAUCAACAACAACAACAACACCUCGAGCAACAGCAGUUUCUUCAUUAUCAACAACUUCAUCAUGACACAAGCAGUAAUGCAGUCGAUGCGUUAACUGGUGUGACACAAGAAUGGAUUAAUCGUACAAAUAUGUAUAUUGUACCACCGAAUGACUACUACCCACAGGACUACCUCUGUCAACAUCCUUCUGAUAAUAUUCCGAGGGAUGAUUCUUUUCUAUCGGCUGGACAAAUGGCGAAUAGUUUAGGCGGAAGGGGUACACAUUAUCCAAAGAUCUCAUCAUUUCAUUUAAAUGAUGCUUCACUUGAACGUCUUGGUGAAUAUUCACUAGCCAGACCGAGACAACAACUUGAUUUUAAUGAAGCCUUUACUGAUUUAUUACAGUCUCGGAGUGAAAAUGCUUUGAAUCAAGGUAAACACAAUUUGAAAGUUAAUGCAGGUGAUGAUGAUGAUGAUGAUCAUAUUGGUGGCACUGGCGUCGGCGACAAGGAUGUUAAAACUCAUCCUAAAGAAGGAAUACACAAGAAGGAUAAUCAGUCAGAUGAAAAUAAGGUUAAGACAAAAAUGAACAGCCUUCAAAAAGCUGGUACUAAUGUGGAGCAAUCGUCAAAUCAACCCGAAGAUAUAGAGAUGCAUACAAUCCAUCCAGGAGAGUCAGCAGACUCUCGAAUAAAAGAUCUUCGUAAACAUGGAUCAAAAGAGGGGGAUAAAGAUAUCUGACUGUAUUAGAAAACUCAUGUCUUUCAUUAUCAUGAAAAUCAACGUAAUUAUAACUUUUUUAUUACUAUUUUUUAUGCUGUGUAAAAGAAAGAUAACAAAGAUUGUACAGAUCAAAUUGUGAGUAGUCUUCAGCUUUCAUUAGGUGUGAGGUUUGUUGAACACUGGUUAUAUGUAUGGUAAAAAUUAUUAUUUGGGAAAUUAUCAACCAUAAAACCAACUCUAUAGAAACAGUAUAUAUGUAAAUUGACAGCUCCUUCAACUGUUUCACUUGUUAAAUAACGAUUGUAUGGUCUGCCAAAAGUACGUAAACCAGGACCUCCUCUUUGCCCAGUUCACCUACCAUGGAGUGACGAAGUGGCUAGGUGAACUCCUCCUACAACCGUUACACAAGAUGGUAGUAAAUCAUAGUGUUAAAGACGUUUUUGAAUUCAUUGUUAACAUAGAUGAUAUCAAUGUUAGUGGGAAGCAAAUGCUAUCCUUGGAUGUCCCUUCACU